AUGAGAUGGCCACCAUGGAGAUCCGAGUCGACCAAUGACGAAAAACAAUCCACUUGGAGCUCCUCCGCAAACAACCCAACCUCCGUCCUAGACUGGCGAGCCUUCCUCGAACCAAGAACCCUCGUCCCAACCAUCCUCCUCACAAGCGGCAUUCUAAUCUCCGUGCGCAUCCACCGCACCUACCUACGUCGCAUCCCAGACGCGCCUAGCAUCUCGCCAUCAUUCCUCCGUCGCCGCAGCGUCUUCGGCCAGGUCACUUCCGUCGGCGAUGGUGAUAACUUUCGCAUUUUCCAUACGCCUGGUGGUAGGCUCGCGGGUUGGGGCUGGAUGCCCUGGAAGAAGGUCCCGAAAGCUAAGAAAGAGCUGAAAGAUAAUACUAUCCACAUCCGUCUCGCAGGCAUAGAUGCUCCUGAAUUAGCGCACUUCGGUCGCCCGGAACAGCCCUUCGCGCGCGACGCCCACACCUGGUUAACGAACUACCUGACUAACAAGCGCGUGCGCGCCCUUGUCCACCGACAAGACCAAUACUCGCGUGUUGUCGCGAGUGUAUACGUGCGCCGGGCGUUUGAUUUCCCGCCUUUUCGGCGGCGGGAUGUCUCCUAUGAAAUGUUGAGGAAAGGGCUGGCGACGGUUUAUGAAGCGAAGGUUGGGUCGGAGUUUGGUGGGGAGAAGAUGGAGAAGAAGUAUCGACGUGCAGAGUGGCGGGCUAAGAAGAGGGCCAAGGGGCUUUGGAAGGACUACAAGGCUGUUGGGAGCAAUUGGGAGAGUCCGCGGGAGUAUAAGAACCGGAUGGGGAUGGGGGAUUCAACUCUUGAGAAGAAGAAGAAGUAA